AUGGCUGCGAUCGGAACUCUCGUCUUUUGUAUCGACUGCGGUAAUCUAUUGCCUGCAACAAAAGGGACCCAGCGAAAUGUUUUGCAUUGCGAAUGCUGUGGUGCAGAGAAUCGAGGUUGUGCAGAUACUGGUUCCAAAGUUACCGUUACACAAACAAAACCCUCCGAUUUCCCUUCUUUCUUGAGACAGAAGCUCCAGUCAAGUGUCCAGGCUGUUGAGAAGCACAAUUUGCAAACUGAUAGCACUGCUCACGAAACAUGCCCCAAGUGCGGUCGUGAAGAGGUCAAGUAUACCAACGUUCAAUUGCGCGGUGCAGAUGAAGGAUCAACGGUCAUCUACCUUUGCGAUUGCGGCAACUCGUGA